AUGCAACAUCUAAUGGCUGAAGCAGGUUCCACGGCUGGACGCGCUACUGGCCAAAGUAGCGCUAUCCCAGCAUGGAGAAGAAGAAUUGAGGAACGUAUCGCAAAGGCUAGAGCUCUCAUCGGCAGCCUGAUAUGCUUCAGAUCAGGCAAUAAUAUGCCAAGAAUUGUGCGCACCGUCAGGAUGGCGUUUGCUAGGACAAAUGUCAGUUUGUCCCAGCCGGAUAUAACGCAAAAACUGACGGAGCGCAUAGAUGAUCUGAAGCAGAUAAUCGCUGCUGGGGGAAAGCCGAUUCGGCGAUAUACCGAAAGGUCGACACGGUUCAACCAGAAUUGUCUCUUCCAGAGUGAUCAGAAGAGGCUCUAUGAAUCACUGGAGCAACCAAUGGUAAGUGGAACGGGCCCAGCACCGAAUCAUGCCGACACUGUAGCAUUCUGA